UGCACAAGCGAUGGCUCCGUCCCAAAUCGCAGACCAUUAGUGUCCUGAAUACUUUAAGCCUACAGUAGGGUAUUAGUUCACCAUUCUAUCUAGCACCCUAGCGUUUGGUUUGGGACGUGGCCCAAGUUGUAGGUUGGACGUAACUUAAAAAAAAAGCCAAAAUAAUUUCACACUCAAGGGCAAUGGCAGCCGGAGUGGUGUUACGUCCUUUUCUGUCCGGCUGCGCUCAUAGACUGUUGAAGGUUCCGCGGCUCAGCGCGCUCCCGCUCAGCGUCCGGACGGUGCACGUGGGUCCGGUUUUGUGCGCGGGACACAACAAGUGGUCCAAAGUGAAAGACGUCAAGAUCCCGAAAGAUGCAGCUCGUGCGCGUAUGAUCGCUAAAUACGCCAUGCUGAUCAGGGUGGCAGUAAGAGAGGGAGGACCAAAUCCGGAAUAUAAUGUCAGUUUGGCUCAGCUUAUAGAGCAGUGCAGAAACAAAAGUCUACCUAAAUCCACCAUCGAGGCAGCUAUUAAAGGAGCGGAAAAAUCUAAAGCGAGUACUCAGUCCCUGUACGAGGCGCGAGGCCCCGGAGGUUCCAUGCUGCUCAUCGAGGUUCUGACGGACAACAAUACACGAUCCCACCAGGCUAUCAAACACAUCCUGAUGAAAAACGGGGGGGCGAUGUGCGAAGGAGCCCGGCAUCAUUUUGACAGAAAGGGCGUCAUCGUGGCAGCUCGAGAUAGAGUUUCUACCGAACGGGCUCUGGAGCUGGCGAUAGAGUCAGGGGCUGAAGACGUGCACGAAGCCGAGGAUGAGGAGGACAAGCCGAUUUUACAGUUCAUUUGUGACAUGAGCUCGAUUAAAGCAGUGCGGACGACUUUGGAAGCUCUCGGGGUCCGCACUCUGGCGGCGGGGUUGGAGUACAUCUCCAACACUCCUGCGGCUUUACCACAGGACCUGCUGGACACCAGCGCCACCUUGCUCGAGGCUCUAAACGACUACCCAGACGUAAUCCGAGUGUGGGACAACAUUGAAGUGCUGGAGUAGGACGGGAAUGGACAAGGACACUGGAGGUUUCAUAAGAUAAAUGUGAAGGACUGAAGCUCAGUGAGCGAGGGGAAAGGUCUACAUCUCUAGGUCUUGUUAAUUGUGUUAAAAAUAAAGCUUUAUUUAUGAAUAAAAGACUAAUUUGAA